AUGUCGUCCAGCAAAGUCUCUUCCUCCUCCCAAACCUUGCCAGCGACCGACCCAACGGUCUCCAAUCCUGACGUCCUCUUCUCGCUCGUCGAGAGCGACGAACCCACCACCACCACCAUCAAACCCUCCCUCCACCCAACAGUCAUCAAGAAAGCAACGGCACCAGAUGGCUACAAAGGAGACAAAGCGGCCGGAGUGGCCUUCUACUAUUGCUCGGGUUGCACCGAGACCUGGGCGGUGGUCUGGAAAGAGAAACCGCGUGUUUCUACCUUGUCAGUGUCCCUCGCCGACUACAAAAAAUUGGCGGUGAUGAGUGUGUGCGGCGCCUGCGAGGAGAAGAUCUUGGAGGAGUUGCAAAUGGCUCAUGAGGGCUACGUGAGAGUGGAGGAGAAGAGUGAGGACUGGGAGUUGGUUUAG